AUGGUCUCACCACCAUCGACUCUUCCGUCACCAACGCCUUCAAGCUCAUCCCAUUCGCAUUACCAAUCGAUGUCCGGAAUACCUCCUACGGGUUCACAUCGAACACCUUCCGCCGCAUCUGUCUUUUCUCAGCAUCCAAUGUCACCGAGAGAAGCAAAAGGAUACAACCAGUAUUAUAAUGGGGUGAAUCACAUAGAUCACUCCUCGCCGAACUAUGGAGAUUACGUUCAACCACCAAUACCAGGUCAAACUCCUUACAACUCCAACAUCCCUGCGGCUUAUCUACCCCCACUCACUUCAUCACCUCCUCCGCAUCCCCCACCUUAUGUCCCACCGCCUCAACAUGCAAUGGCGCCAGAUCCAAUCCAUUCCAUCGCUACAGCAGGACAGGGGAUGUUGGGAAUUGGUCCAGUGUCUCCAACAGGUGUUAUGAACAGCUCUUGGUCAAACGGUCCAGCGCCCAACGGGUGGCGGGGUCACCCUGGCAUGGGCGGAUUUCCAUCUCAAUCACAGCCUCAACUUCCUUACGGUCGAUCUUCCUUGCCUAAUGGUCAUUCCCAGCUACCGAUAAACCCCCACGAGCCGUUUGGAGGUGUGGGAAGAUCAUCCGUUUCAAGCUCCUCGAUAGGCGGAUUAGGAGCCAGAUCUGGAUCGGGACCGGGUGAUAGUCGCGAGAGAAGGAGGGAAAGAGAAAGGAGGGAUAAAGACGAAGAGGCAGAUGACCAAGACGCCAUCAGCACGAUUUUCGUGGUCGGAUUUCCUGAUGAUAUGUCCGAACGUGAAUUUCAAAACAUUUUCAUCUUUGCAAAUGGUUUCGAAGCAGCUACCCUCAAAUUCCCCUCUGGUACGAUUCGCCGAGAGCCCGCUGCCGCUUUGCUCGAUCAACUAACUCAAUUAGCUGCCGCCCAAGCCCAAGCCCAAGCAGCGGGUGAACCUGGUCUCGAUUUCCCGUUCUCACAGCCGGCACUCGAAGAAGCUAUGGCAUCACUGACUAUGGCUGCGACCGCUUCCACGUCGGCAUCUACCACUCCAUCAGCUCCUAUGUCUCUAACCCCUUCCGUCCCAUCAGGACCGAUGCUUGGCAACCCUGCAAUGCCUACUCGACGUCAGACAAUCGGAUUUGCUCGCUUUAAGACACGCGCAGAUGCUUUAGCAGCUCGAGAGCACCUACAAGGCAGAAAGAUUGAUUCGCUCACUGGAGCCACACUUAAGGCUGAAAUGGCUAAGAAGAACUUGCAUACUAAGAGAACGACAUCAGGAGAAGAAUUAGUGGGAUUAUUGCUUCGGUCUGGUCGAUUGGCUAAUCUAGUCGGCAAUCCUGGGUCUCAAGUCGGUACUGGGUCAAUAUCACACCCCCUGCCAGGUAGCCAGUCGACUACCUUGCCAUCUCAGCAACUUCUUCCUUCCGCCAAAGAGGCUUGGGACUCAUGGCCAGCUUCGUCUCCCAAUGAAAGGGAACGUUCGGUCACGGAUGAAGGCAAAACCAUGCCUCCUCAACCUCAUCCAAUUCAGACCCAACAUCUGAGUCAUUCUCAGGGCUUUUCUUCGACCGAUUCACCAUUGCUGUCAAAUCAACAACAAGUUUUUCAGCCGUCUAUGUCCAGCAGUUCCGCGAACCAGUCUUCGUCUCAAUCGAAUCCAUCAGCGUCUCCCUCCCUUUCAGUCAAAUCGCCAGCUCAGCGGACAUCUGAUUCGAAAGCUUUAUUGGCAUUGGCGGAAGAAGCAGAUGAACUCGAGGGAUGGAGUGUGAACGGUGCUGUUGGUAUUGGCAUGAUGGAUGGGUAUCACGUCAACCGUCCCACGGGUACCGGAAUGGGCCAACGCGCUCCUGAGGGAUUAGGAACGCAAGGUUUCCCCAACAUUGGGGAUGGUUUCGGAUCAAGAUCAUCAGCACAGCAAGACCCGUACGGGACCAGUCCGCCUGGUGGUAGCGACAUGAUGUCUGAGAACGGAAGAGGCCUUUUGAGUGGGAACAAUCCGGCUGAUCAAAAUCCACCAAUUAAUACUCUGUACGUAGGGAACCUUCCCGCUAUCUCGCCUCCUACACAUCCACCCAACUUCCUAGAAGAAUCUCUCCGCGGUUUGUUUUCACGAAGUCCAGGUUUCAAGCGAAUGUCUUUCAGGCAGAAGAUCAACGGACCCAUGUGCUUUGUCGAGUUUGAAGAGGUGAUUUAUGCUAGUCAAGCGAUCAAGGACCUGUAUGGUCAUAAUCUGGGAGGUCUCGUCAAGGGAGGCAUUCGUCUCUCCUACUCCAAGAAUUCUCUUGGUCAAAGAGGCAACGCCCAUCCUUCUUCUCUCAACCCCUCGAUGUUUGGUGGUAUUGCACACACCGUUGCUCUCGCUGGAAUGUCCAUGACGUCGCCGACAACUGCUUCGGCCCAACCAAUACCCAUAAACAAUGGUCAAGGAGGCUCGCUGCCCGUAUCCGCUGGGGCAAAUGUAUCGUACGGGCUGCAGCUUCAGCAGGGAGGACCUUCACAAGGCCACCAAUCUCCAGCUACGGCUUCUAUUUCUGACUCCCGACGUGACGCGAAUGGGCCCUCCAGUCAAUCGACUAGCUUGUCGCCCACGGCACAACCGUUCAACAUAUCACUGCCUAACCCUGCUUCCCCUCGUUCUCGCUACUUCACGGCGAAUCCUCCAAGUAAGGCGCCUUCUCCUUCGGACGCGCCUUCCUCGUCUUUUUCCGGAUCAUCAUCAGCCGUACCCAUCCCUUCCGCCAAUGCGUCUUUUCAGCCAUUCUCUUCCUCCAACACAUCAUCUGGGUUCAGUCCGGUGUCCUCCCCCAAUUGGACACCGGCGAGCUUUAGCUGGAAGUCCAGUGGAGCGGCUGCGAGUAGUGGUGUCGGUGGUUUCGGAGGGUUCGACUUUGUUGGUGCGGGAACAGCAUUAGGCAGUUUAAAUGGAGCUGCUAGUGCCUGGGGAGCUGGAUCAGGCUCAAGCGGGGAGAGAAGGGAAUAG